AUGCAUUGUUUGAGUGACUGUGAAGUGGGAUUGAUGUUGAUAAGCAUGUGCCCCCCAAAGAACUGGGAGGCUGGUCGUGGUCUGGAGAGGGCAGACGGCCAUCAGGAGCGCUCCACUCGACUGGGUUCGCCUCACUCGAUCGAGCUUGCGGCUCCUCUCUUCUUCUUCUUCAUCUUCAAAGUGUGUGUGGCUUCCCUUGGCCUUGGUGGAGCAUGGCUAGCUCGUACUGUCCAUAGGGGUUCCAUCUACUCCGGGGAUGCUCCUGGUAAGGUGUUGGAUCGUACUCAAAUCCCGGAUCUCACAAAGGCUCCUCCAGGUCAGCUCGACCGUCAGCUCGAUCGAGUUGAGUUUCCUCUGUUUGACUCGAUCGAGUCCGGUGGUCGAGCUGGAGCGUCUGGCCUUGGAAGUCUUCUCCUUCUCUGCGUGUUGUCCUUCUUCCCUUGGCGAAAGAAGAGGCUCUGUGAGGCUCUUGGGCAGGGAGCCUUCUGGAGUGGUGAGGAGUGA